CAAUAGUUUCAUGGAGCAAUAACGGGAAGAGUUUCAUCAUUUGGAAUGAAUCUGAGUUUUGCAGAGAUGUUCUUCCAAUAUUCUCACAUUAUAAGGAGAUGGCACCGUUCAUUCGCCGGCUUGGAAACAUGGGAUUCAAGAAGAUUGAAUCUGAGGAGUUGGAAUAUGGAAGCGAUGAUUUUGUGAGAGGUCAUCCUGAGCCUGAGCUUUCGCCAGAAGCAGUGAGAGCGAGACUUAAAGAGUUGGCCUUGGCUUCAAGGAAGGAGUUGUGUGGAUCGAAAACGCGACGUUCAGAUGUUUAGUUUGAUGCUCUAUUCCCACAAUAAUAACAUCAAAACAUAAACAAUACAAUAGCUAGUCAGAU